AUGGAAGAUGAGAGUGCACUGCCAUCUUCACCAGAGCGAACGGUGGCUGCCUUUGAUGUGGAGGACGACAACUCAACCCGCGGAUGCUAUUGGCUAUUCAUAGAUUUGGUGCAUGUCCUUCUGCCAUUUCUGCUUCUAACAGAGCAUGGGGCGAGGAGACGCAGCCAAGGAUCCCAUCCAUUCUUCAACAGAAUGGUGGAACGCUUGCGUAACGUGCGACCAGUGCUGCCACGUGCUCCGAACAUUUCCAAGUUCUUUCUGAUGUUGCUCCUCUUUGUGCUGCUAAUCAACGCGGGAGUGGUCUACAUGUUUUUGUCCAUAUCAUCUAUGACCCAGUUCAUGCAGAUGGGCGAGGAUGGCCGGCGCAGAAACAUAACAUUGAAGCCAAGAAUCGGCGAGCAUUGGAGCAAUGCCACGAUGGGCAAAUACAUUCUGCAGAUCAUCAUUAUAAACUACCUUUGCUGGCAAGUUCUGGAACACGACCCGAAGAUUGCAAAGAUGCGCCUGCAGGAUCCUCUACACUUGAACAAACCUGGCCUCAUUCAUGGACUUAGAAAGCUUGCUUCCUGCCUAUUCUGCUACCCGUAUAAGGAGAUAUGGUUGUCCACACAAUUUAUCGACCACAUGCUUUUGACGCUCACGGGCUUUCCAUACGCCAUUGUGCAGCCCAUGCUUGCUUGCAUCCACAUUGAACUUCGAGACAACGGAAUUGAACUGCAAGGAGCGCUCCAGGGCGAUUGGUUGAUGCUGCUCUCUGGUGCACUGGGUCUCUACUCAGGAUUCUUGAUGGUUGGGUUUCUCUGUGUGACCUUGGGAAACGGUGUGCUGCCACGUUCUGGAUAUUCCUAUGUAUUUCAACUAUCAACCUUUGCACUGGCAAUCUUGAUGGCCUUGGAGUUCCUGGUCCAGCAGCAAGCCCGGCAACGCUAUUCGCAGUUCCACCUCAAGGCGGAUGUGGGCGUCAUUUGGUACUACAAUGCAACCCGUGUGUUCAUGUCUGCAUCCCAGCUGUUCGCAACUCAUAGCCUCUGCAUGCUUUGUGCUAUGCACUUGGGGCAUGCGCAGCAUUUUCAAAAAUGUCCAGACUUACCAUGGAGCGUGGCAUGCAAAGAGGCUUUAAGUUGGUGUCUUUUCAUGGUAAUCGUGACUUCCGCGGGAUAUUGUGAACGCGUUGGGCAUCUUUGGCCUCUUUGUGAAUCCGAGAAGUUCAUGAUUGGUGCAAUCUGGGAAUGCAGCCUCUUUGGACUCCACAUUGUCCUUGGCAUUACUUUUCUGGCCUGUGGACUGCAGCACUCAACAGAAGUCAUACAACUGGCAACACAUGCAGACUGGAAACUGGUGCCUGCUGCCAUGAAGCCAGACACAAGAAGACCGGACGAGAAAAGGGUGAAGAGAUCUUAG